AACCCACACAUUUGGGAUCCUAUAAUAGCAAAUUUCUCGCAGGAGUGGAUGCCUUUUGCCGUUUGGCCCCUUGGUUCUUGCUCUUGACCAAACAUGGCCCAGCUCCUUAAUUAAAGAAAAGGAAAACGAACAUACUCCUACACCCAAGAGAAAAACAAACGUAACUCAGGAAACGGUAGCGCCGCCGUUCUUCCCGCUCGCCGUCUCUUUCUCUCUCUCUCUCCCAUCAGCGCGGAGAGGCGCCUCUGCCCGCCGCGCCGGGCGCCGCCACACCGAAACCCGUCUCCGACGGCCCCUCCACAACUGUACGUUCUCUAUCUCGACUCACCAUGACUCGUGUCAGCACCGGAUUGCUGAAGGGCUUGAGGAGGGUCAUGGAACAGCAAAGGAUUUCAACUGCUUUCUGCAGACAAUCACAAGUUUGGAGUUCUACUGUAUCUUUUUCCGAUUUUGAUGAGAAGGGUGAUAUGGAAUAUGAUGAUAAUAGUCCAGAUUCAAAGAGAGAGUUACGACCCCAAAGCGUAGAUCCCAAAAAGGGCUGGGAAUUCCGUGGUGUGCACAGGGCCAUCAUCUGCGGCAAAGUUGGACAAGUGCCUGUGCAAAAAAUUUUAAGGAAUGGGCAUACAGUAACUGUUUUUACUGUUGGAACUGGUGGCAUGUUUGACCAGAGGGUAAUUGGGCCUAAGGAUUUGCCGAAGCCAGCUCAGUGGCAUCGCAUAGCUGUUCAUAAUGACCAGCUAGGUGCUUAUGCUGUUCAGAAGCUAGUGAAGAAUUCUGCAGUCUAUGUUGAGGGUGAUAUUGAAACCAGGGUCUACAAUGACAGUAUUAACGAUCAAGUCAAAAACAUACCUGAGAUCUGUGUUCGACGUGAUGGCAAGAUUCGAUUGGUUAAAUCUGGGGACAGUGCUGCUAACAUAUCAUUAGAUGAGCUAAGAGACGGACUGUUCUAGCUAUAGUUAAGGAUGUCAGGAGUAUGCUUCUUGUUUGAGGCAAGUUGGAGCCCAUUGUAUCUUGAGCAGUGCACUAGCUGGUGAAGACCUAUGAGCUGCGUUGAUGGCUGCCGCGGUUCACAUGGCUGUAACUGUUAUGAAGGUACAAGUACCAGCAGAAGCCUGUACUCUUGAUUUGAAGAUGCAGUAAAACUUGGUUCACUGCGUUCCUGCUUGCACUUCUUUCUCCUAGUUUUUCAACCGUACCUAAGAGUUCCGUUUAUGAAGCAACUCCAUAAAUUUUUCUUGGAAGCAAUAACAGGUCGUUUAUGGUUUUGUUUAUACCUGAAAUUGCGUUUCAUAUGCUUGGUAUGUUGGCCCUAAUUACUGAACUUUUAACUUUGCUCA